CAAGAAUACGACCAUAUCCGUCGGGAGAUUCUGAAGGAGCAACCUUACCCCUCAGUCGAAGAAGCCUACGGAUGGGUGAAGAAGGAGGCGGCUCGACAAAGAAUCAUGCCACCGGCAUCCUCUCCACCCUCCGGAGACUCCACUGGAGUAGGGAGCGCCGAUGCAUCAUCGGGGGAAAUAGGCUAUGGAUUCGGGGCGCAGAGAGAUCGACCGAACCGAGGAGUACCGAACCACCGCGGAGCGCCGCCACCUGCUGGAGCUACACACCAUUCCGGAGGAAAAACGGACAAGAGCAAGCUAUGGUGUUCCCACUGUGGGAAGAACAAACACACGAGGGAAACUUGCUUCCUCCGUGUGGGUUAUCCGGAGUGGUGGGAUGAGAAGCAAAAGGCACGAACUCAGGCGAAAUUCGCCGCCGUCGGAGUCGCUGAGGUGGAGCAGCGGCAAAACCCCCAAGUUCAGAACAGGGGAGAAUCGAUUGGAGGAGAAAAUCAGGUGAAUAACUCUCGCCCGGAAACCCACGGUGGCAGCAACAGCGGCGGCGGCGGAGGGGUUCGGGUCGGGAAUUUUGUGGCAAGAGCCGGAGGAGCGACGGAGUCGCAGAAAUGGAGCAGCGGCGCAAUGGAUGGAGGUAACGGGUUUGGUCUUAGACCAAACCCUAAUACUUUUCCUUUUUUACAAUUAAGCCCUCCAGUUUCUGUAAACCACACAAAUAACCCCACUACUUCAAAUCGACCCCUAAACUCCUCAUAUUAUGAUAAAUCACCCACAGCUUUCCUGAAAUCCGAAAUAUACCCACAUAUUGACCAAAUUAAAACCCAAAAUCGUUUUGCACCUCUUAUGAAAAUUUCCGCUGCAUUCAACGUGCAAAAUAUGGGUAAAAUUGAUACACGGGGAUGGAUCUUUGAUUGUGGAGCCACAGAUACUAUGACUCCGGUAAAAACGGACUUUAGCGACUUCAGUGAGGUCACUAAGACAUAUAUUCGAACUGCGAAUGGGGAGUUAAUUAAAGUGGCAGGGGCCGGAACAAUAGAAAUUUCCCCAAAUCUUCGUUUGUCAAAUUGUCUAUUUGUGCCAAGUUUAUCUCAAAGAUUAAUGUCAGUGAGCCAUGUCACACGGGAACUGAAUUGUACUCUACUAAUGCACCCAAAUUGUUGCAUUUUACAGGAUAUUCGGACGAGGAAGAUCGUUGGGCGUGGCACUGAGAACCAGGGACUCUACUACGUGGAUGGGGUAGCUCAACAUGGCAGUGCAAUGCUGGCUCAAGGAUCCACGAGAGAGGAGGCUUGGCUGUGGCACAGAAGACUAGGACACCCUUCCCAUGCUUAGCACUCUGGUUUUGGGGGAGCACAAGGGCGGAUCCAUCGAGGCAUCUUCGUUGUGUGCAGUGGAGGCUGCUAAGCGUUUGGGUGGAGACAAUUCUGUGUCUUUGCUCCUUGCUGGUUCGGGUCCUUCCUUGCAGGAGGCUGCUGCUCAUGCUGCUUGUUUCCACCCUUCCAUUUCUAAGGUCCUUCUUGCUGAUUCGGAGAGGUUCACAUAUGCUCUAGCAGAACCAUGGGCUAAACUGGUGCAUCUUGUACAACAGAAAGAUAGCUAUUCUCACAUAAUUACUGGAUCAGGUUCUUUUGGAAAGAAUGUUCUCCCCCGUGCAGCAGCACUUCUCGAUGUUUCACCUAUUACCGAUGUUACAGAGAUUAGUGGCUCGAAUCUUUUUGUUAGGCCAAUAUAUGCUGGAAAUGCUCUUAGUACUGUUCGAUACACCGGUUCAAACCCUUGUAUGCUGACUAUUAGGGCUACUUCAUUUCCUACGGGAAUGGCGCCAGCUUCGGUUUCAAAUGACAAAUGUAUUGAGAAGAUUGAUCUUUCAGCCUUCAGCAAAGAUGAUGCAGAUGGAAAAUCGAGAUAUGUAAGCAUCUCCUCUCAGGAGGAUACAGAACGCCCAGAUCUGGCAAAUGCACGCAUUGUUGUCACUGGAGGGCGAGGUCUAAUAAGUGCUGAGAAUUUCAAAAUGAUCGAGAAGCUUGCUGAGAAACUUGGUGCUGCAGUUGGAGCUACUCGUGCUGCAGUUGAUGCGGGAUUCGUUCCAAAUGAACUCCAGGUUGGUCAGACCGGGAAAAUUGUUGCUCCGGAACUAUACAUGGCUUUUGGUGUUUCUGGAGCUAUUCAACACUUAGCUGGCAUUAGAGAUUCAAAAGUCAUCGUCGCUGUAAAUAAAGAUGCUGAUGCACCGAUAUUUCAGGUUGCGGAUUAUGGACUUGUGGGUGACCUUUUUGAGAUCAUACCGGAAUUGUUAGAGAAACUUCCUGAGAAAAAUAGACAGAUUUGAUCAUAUUCUGAAAUAAUCCGUUGUUGUGACAUUCAUUAAUAACUCUGGAAGUUUAUAAAUUAUAAAGACAUGUCUUUUUGCCUCAGUUUGAGGCUUUAGUAUAAAUUUUAAAGGCAGCGCUUCGAACAUGA